GUAUGUAAAGCAUCAACAUGAUCCUUACAAUUAUAAAGCAAGCUCAUAUGACACAAGCUCCUCCUUAGCGGUUCUUCACAGUCCACACACACAAAGAUACACCAGAAGAACGAUCAGACAUCCACAUCAACUCAUUUCAUUUCAGGUAAAAUCCAAAACAUAUCUUAGAAUGGAAACCAGUGAGGUCAUCUCAACGGACAAAGCGACAGUUGUCAUUCAAAUAAAUCCACAGGAGGCAAAAGAUGGUGUUGUUUUUGUUGAUGGACAGCAGGCCAGGGGAGUAUCUCACAAUUCAGCUCUUAAAGGAUUUUUCAAAGCACAACCAAAGGCACUGGGGGCUGUACAGAUAAUGAUUGGAGUGAUGGUCUUCUUACUUGGUAUUGUACUCACCGCAAAUUUCCCCAUAUUUAGUACCUUUUCUGUCGCUAGUGGCAUCACCUUCUGGGGAUCUUUCAUUUACAUCAGUGCUGGCUCUCUGUCUGUUGAGGCGCAGAAUAAACUUCAUCCAUGUGUGUUGAAAGCCUCUCUUGGAAUGAAUGUGAUCAGUGCCAUAACUGCAGGGAUAUCCAUUAUUCUGAUGGGUGCAGACAUAGGAAUCACCUCAUUGAUUCGUUCAAAUUGCUAUGGGUAUGACUGUAUAGAUCCUCAGGGGUUUGGUUCAGGGAUCCUUGGAAUAUUGCUGGUGUUCUCCAUCCUUCAGUUGAUCAUCUCCAUCUUUAUCUCAGCAUUUGUCUGCAAAGCCACCAACAGCACAGACUCUACAGUGAUCAAUGUGGCACUAAACCAGGGAUACUGAGUCACAGUAAGGAGAUACCAUCCAAAGGUUGCAAGGAAUUCAUAUUUGUAGUGUUGCUUCUGACUCAAAUAUUUGUCUUUCUUUCUAGUGUAUCUAUAAUAGUAAGAGAGUGAGAAUAUAUGGACACAUUUUAUAAUUAUUGGAAAAUUGAUCUUCAAACCCUGAUCAAACACAUAUGUACAAGCUAAUCAAUCAAGCUAGCCUUCAGGAUUUCUAAAAAAAAAAAA